UUUGAUCGAAAACAAAAUCAGAAAACUGAUCUCUCUUUCUCCGUGUGUGACUUAAAAAAAAUGGCUGAGGCCAGUAUUUCAGUAGAUCAGGAUCAGUUCAUCUGUCCAGUGUGUCUGGAUCUCCUGAAGGAUCCGGUGACUAUCCCCUGUGGUCACAGUUUCUGUAAGGUGUGUAUUAAUGGCUGCUGGGAUCAGGAGGAUCAGAAGGGCGUCUACAGCUGUCCUCAGUGCAGAGACACUUUCACUCCAAGGCCUGUUCUACGCAGAAACAACAUGCUGGCUGAAGUGGUGGAGAAACUGAAGAAGACUGAAGUCCAAGCUGCUUCUCCUGCUCACUGUUACACUGGACCUGGAGAUGUGGAGUGUGAUUUCUGCACCGGGAGAAAACUCAAAGCCGUCAAGUCCUGUCUGAUCUGUGUGGCUUCGCUUUGUGAAACUCAUCUGAAACCUCACUAUGAAGUUCCUGCUUUGAAAAAACACACAUUAACUGAAGCCUCUAGAAAUCUACAAGAGAAGAUCUGCUCUGAACAUGAUGAAGUGUUGAAGAUCUACUGUCGUACUGACCAAAGGUGUAUUUGCUCUUUGUGUAUGUUGGAUGAACAUAAAGGCCAUGACGCUGUAUUAGUUGCAGCAGGAAGAGCUGAGAAACAGAGUGAGUUAAAGGAGGAGCAGAUGAAAUUCCAGCAGAGAAUCCAGGAGAAGCAGAAGAAGGUGCAGGAGCUGAAACAGACUGUGAACACUAUAAAGCUCAGUGCACAGACAGCAGUAGAUGACAGUGAGAGGAUCUUUACUGAGAUGAUCAGCUCCAUGGAGAAAAAGCGCUCGGAGGUGAUGGAGCUGAUCAGAGCUCAGGAGAAGGCUGAACUGAGUCCAGCUGAACGACUCCUGGAGCAACUGGAGCAGGAGAUUGCUGAUCUUCAGAGGAGAGUCACUGAGCUGGACCAGCUUUCACACACACAUGAUCACAUCCAUUUCCUCCAGGUAACACUCACUGCUUUAGCUUCUGGAUGUCGAUCUCCUCCAUUUAAAAGUCCAAAUUUUGACACAUCCAGCAUCACUGUCCCUCAACAUCUGUCAUUUGAUGGAGUGAGGAAUUCUCUCUCAGAUCUGAAGAAGAGACUGGAGGAAUUCUGUGAGGAGGAAUUCAACAAAAUCCCUCCACAUGCUGCAGCAGUUCAGAUCAUUUCACCACCAGAGCCACAGAGCAGAGAAGAGUUUCUGAAAUAUUUCUGUUAUCUGACUCUGGAUCCCAACACGACACAUCCUAACCUCAUUCUGUCUGAGAAGAACAGAGUGCUGAGAUACAGUGAGAGAAAGCAGCAGUACUCUGAUCAUCCAGAGAGAUUUGACUCCUGGCCUCAGGUGUUGUGUAAGGAGAGUGUGUGUGGACGCUGUUACUGGGAGGUGGAGUGGAGCGGUGGAGUGUUCAUAUCAGUCUCAUAUAAAGACAUCAGCAGGAAAGGACCAGGCUUUGAUUGUGGGUUUGGACGCAAUGAUCAGUCCUGGAGUCUGGAGUGUUCUUCUUCUUUUCUCUCUUUCUAUCACAACAACAUUAAGACUGAUCUCGGAGUUCCAUCAUCCUCCAGAAUAGGAGUUUAUGUGGAUCACAGUGCAGGAACUCUGUCCUUCUACAGCGUCUCUGACACCAUGAAGCUCCUCCACAGAGUCCACACCACAUUCACUCAGCCUCUAUAUGCUGGGUUCGGGUUUUGGCUUGGUUUACGAUCAGAAGUGAGGUUGUGUGAUCCAGAAUAAGAUGUAUCUGGUGUUUUAUGGUCAGUAACAAGUAGAAAUUGUAUCACAAAUGAUCUUAUAGAAAAGUGUUUCAUUUCAACAAGAUUCCACAUUAUAGAGAGAUCGUUCCUGAGCACCAAAGCACUAAAAUGUAAAUCUAAAACACACACACAGAAUAUUCAUUCUUUGUAAUGUGGUAAUCAUUUUAUUAUCCACAGACACUUACAGAAGUGAGGUUUAUAGGUUUUUAACAAUUAAGAACCUUAUUUUAAUGAAACAUUUAUAAAAUUUACAAUAGCCUGGUUGUGUAAGUAUGUACAGCUUUAUAAUUGGGGGUGUGUCUGUGUUCAGAAUAAACCAAUCACAUGUGGGGUGAGCUGUAAAUUUAUAGAGUUCAGGAGUAGGUGGGAGAGGGGGGAGAUAAUGGGCAGAGUUCAGCAUCCCGACAUCCUGAUGGAUGAAGCUGUUGGAAAGUCUUGUAGAACGAGCCUGGAGGCUCCAGUACUUUCUCCCUAAAGGCAGGAGGAUGAAGUGGAGGUUUGAUAAGUGUGAACCAUCUGUAGCGAUGCUGAUUGCUCUGCUAGUGAGGCAGGCAUGGAAAAUGUCCACAAGGGAUGUCAGAGAGACGCCGAUGAUCUUGCUGGCUGCAUUCACUGUGUUGCAGAGUCUUUCGACAGGAGGCAGUGCAGCCACCAUACCACACAGUGAUGCAGCUGUUGAGAAUGCUCUCAAUGGUGCCCUGGUAGAAGGAGCACAUGACAGGAGGUGGGACUCGAGCUUUCCUCAGUUUGGAAAGGAAGUAGCAGAAAAGGAAGUAGAGGCAUGACUGAGCUUUCUUGGCCAGUGAUGUGUUUUUUGUCUUACAGGAGAGGUCCUCAGAGAUAUGCACCCCUAGGAACUUGGUGCUGUUUUCCCUCUCCACUGCCACACCAUUGUGAAGGUCCUCUUCUGAAGUUGAUGACAAUUUCUUUGGUCUUUCCCACGUUGAGGAAGAGAUUGUUGUCGUUACACCACUGGACCAGUCGGCUCACCUCGCUCCUGUAGUUGGCCUCGUUGUUGUUGGUGAUGAGGCCCACUACAGCCGUGUCAUCUGCAAACUUGACGAUGUGGUUGGUACUGUAACUGGGUACACAAUCAUGGGUCAACAGGGUAAACAGCAGUGGGCUGAGCAUGCACCCUUAUGGUAACCCUGUGCCAACCCUUACAUUUUGUGGUGUCUCUGAUAAGAAGACCAGCACCCAGUUACAGAAAGGGGAGUUGAGUCUCAGGUGUCUUAGUUUGUUUAUUUGCUGCUGGGGGAUGAUCAUGUUAAUGUCUGAGCUAAAAUCCAACAAAACCAUUCGCACAUACGAGUCUUUGGAGUCCAGGUGUGUAAGGGCUGGAUGGAGAGUGGCUGAGAUGGCAUCUUCUGUGGACCUGUUGGUUUUAUAUGCAAACUGGAAUGGGCUGUGUGAGGGAGGAAGAAUGGAUUUUAUGUGCUGCAUGACCAGUCACUCAAAGUAUAUGUAUAUAUGUCUACAUAUAUAUGUUACAAUCAUAUAUGUUAUUAGUUACCCGGUUUCUCUACAGUUUCUCAAAGUUGUACAUCAAUUCAUUUCACAUUUUUAUUGCACAUCUUUUUGUACUCAUGGUUUUUGCACUUGUCUUUGCUCCGUUUGCACCUAGUUGCACACUUUGCCCUUCAUGUGGCUAGGACAAACUUCUGUCUUAGCUCUAUGUUGUUGUUUUUUUGUGUUUAAACUUUAUAUUGUAUGUUUAUGUAGCACCAGGGUCCUGGAGAAACAUUUCACUAUGUACUGCGUCAACUAUAUGUGG